AUGACGAAGCCUUCUGCUCAUCGUAACUCGAUCAUUCAACUUCACAAAGGCGGGACCCGAGCGAUUGAUAUUUCAAAGCGAUUGAAAGUCUCGAAGAAGCUGGUUUCGACGACUAUUGCAAGAUUCAAGGAACUGGGCACCAAUUUCGAUCGGAAAGGACGAGGUAACAAACGAUCUGUUAUCAACAAAGCCAUCAUCAAGAAGGUGCGCGACCGUGUCCGUUUGAAUCCGUUCCGUCCAGUAAGAAAAAUGGCCUCACAACUGAAAGUCUCAAAAAGCUCGAUGGGUCGAAUCUUGAGAAAUCACUUGCACUUCAAAGCCUAUAAAUUGAGAAAAGCUCAACUUCUUACGGAUGCGGUGAAAAAGAAGCGGGAGCAACGAGCUAAGGAUAUUCGACAGCGCUUCAACGGGAUCGAUCAUCGCAUCUCAAUCCCGGAUCUCAAUCCAAUGGAUUUCUCUGUAUGGAGUGUUUUGGAGUCCCAGGCUUGCGCAAAAUCACAUAAAACAGUGGAAUCGUUGAAGAAAGCGCUUCAAAAAGCGUGGGAGGCGAUCGAUCCACAAUACCUUCUCGCCACCUUAGCAGAUCAGUACGAGAAAGCUGCGAAGAAUAAGAGCAAUGGAAAUGAGGAGAAAACAAAAAAUAUCAAAGAGGAACCAAAAACCGAUAUUUGGCAUGGAGGUAGGAAGGCAAAAAGGCGACUUGAAGAG